AUGGCGGCCCCGCCCAACCUGAUCGCUGUCGUCGGCCCCACUGCGGUGGGCAAAACUGCCCUCGCAAUUGCAUUGGCGCGUCGCUUCGACGGAGAGAUCGUAAACGCCGAUAGCCGGCAGGUUUACACCUGCAUGGACAUCGGUACGGCCAAGCCUACUCCGGCUGAGCGCCGGAGCGCUCGCCACCACCUGAUUGACAUCCGCCAGCCCCAUUCGCCGAUCAGUCUUGGCGAGUACCUGCCGUUGGCGCGCGAGUCGAUCGAGGCCAUCACGGCCAGGGGUAAAUUGCCCAUUUUGUGCGGUGGCACGGGGCAAUACGUAUGGGCGCUCAUCGAAGGCUGGGAGGUUCCCCGUGUGCCGCCCGACCCUGCCUUCCGCGCCCGGCUCGAACAUCGUCUCGCCGCAGAGGGCGCCGGCGCCCUGUGGCAAGAGUUGCGGGAUAAAGAUCCCGACCGCGCCGCGACCGUAGAUUCACAAAACCCGCGUCGCAUCAUCCGGGCCCUGGAGAUCCUAUGCGCCACCGGGAAUCCGGUUGACGCAACCGGCAAAAGCCCGGCGCCUCCGUACCGUUGCCUCGUACUCGGUCUCACUGCGGAUCGCAUUCCUCUGUACGAGCGCAUCGAUGCCCGGUUCGAUUCGAUGAUGGCAGACGGUCUGCUGGACGAAGCCCGUCGCCUUGACGCCGCCGGAUACGAGUUGGGUAGCGGCGCCCUGUCAGGAGUCGGCUACACCGAGCUGGGCCAAUACCUGGCUGACGCUAUGACGUUGGAUGAAGCGGUUUCUCGCUCCAAGACCCGGACUCACCGCUUGGUCCGCCGAGUCGCGACGAUGGAAUUCACCAAAAUGCACGGUGCCGGCAACGAUUACGUCUACGUUGAUGCCCGUGCAAUGCCUGAACGGGAUUGGAAUGACCUGUCACGCGCCAUUAGCAACCGACACUUUGGGGUCGGGGGUGAUGGGUUGAUCCUGGUGAUGGAAUCCGACGUCGCCGACCUGAAGAUGCGCAUGUUCAACUCUGACGGCUCCGAGGGAGCCAUGUGUGGCAACGGUAUCCGGUGCUUCGCAAAAUACGCCAUCGAACGCGGCAUUGUGUCCAGCUCAGCCCAGCAGGUGACCGUCGACACGCUGGCUGGCGUUCGCACCAUCGUGCCUCACUACGCCGGGUCCACCGUGCACUCCGCGCGGGUGAGCAUGGGCCUGCCUCGGCUCGCUCCAUCGGAAAUCCCGGUCGAUCUCGAUCCUGCCAUCGCCGGUCAAACUGGGCCGGUCAUCAAUUACGCGGUCCACCCGGGCGACUUCCGGCUGUUCCUUACCUUCGUGUCCAUGGGCAACCCCCAUGCGGUGACUUUCAUCGAUCAGCCCGUUGAAGAAUUCCCCCUGCACAACAUCGGUCCAUUGGUGGAACGGCAUCCCAUCUUCCCUGAUCGGGUCAAUUUCGAAAUCGUCAACAUACGUGAGGACGGCAAUUUGGACGCCCGGGUCUGGGAGCGAGGCUCCGGCGAAACCAUGGCCUGCGGCACCGGAGCUUGCGCCAUUGGCGUCGCUUCCCGAUUGUUGGGUCAUACUGGAGACCGCGUGGCGGUCAGUCUGCCCGGAGGCACCCUCGACAUCGAGUGGGAUGGUGCCGGCGAAGUUUAUUUGGAAGGCCCCGCGGCCGAAGUUUUCAGCGGAGUGUGGACAGAAUGA